CUCUCCUUAUCAAUUUUUAGCCUUUCUAUUUUCUUCAAUCCAAGCCGACCUUCUUUUCCCCUUCUCUCUUCCUCUUCGGUCUGCUGUGGAAUUUUUUUUUUUUCCUUUCUAUCUUUUCACAGAAUUAGUUCUUGGUGUUAUUUGGGUCCAGAAUUUUCUAGGCUGUUUUUAGAUUCGCGUACUUUGUUCUGCUGUCAUGGCUAGAGUUGGAGUUCUGAAUCGAGGAGUUGGAAAGAUAAUGAACAAGUCCUUUGCUAUUCAACUCUAGUCCACAUGAGUGAUUCUCCCUUUUCUGCUGACUAUAAACCUUUGGAGAACAAAGACAAUUCUGUGGACCCUGCCUUACUGAAGCCAGGACAAAUUGUUAAGGGAAAUCAGAAUGAAGUUGUAUGUGAUUUGAUGGAGAAAGAGAGGAAUUCAGAUGGAGUUCCAUAUGUAGUGAAUGAAACCAAUGGUUGGCCUGCAUCAGAGCUUGAUUGUUCUAUGACCAUGAAUGAUUUAACAAAUGUCAAAGAAAAGGAGGCGGGUAAUUUUUUGAUAUUACAGUCUCGUUCGCGUAAAAAUGUGGAUUCAUUUGAGAGGGACUCAGAUAUUUACAUGGACAAAAGUGUUAUGGAACGUCAACUGCCUGAGUUAGUAGUUUGUUACAAAGAGAAUAUAUGCAGUGUUGUCAAAGACAUAUGCAUUGACGAGGGAGUACCCACUCAGGACAAAUUCUUGAUUACAAGUGACAUGGCUGACACAAGUAUCUGCAAGUUCCUGCCUUGUGAGAAUGACCAAGAUACUAAAAUGGUAGAAGGAAAAUUGGAUAGUGACAUGUCUUCCCCGGUUGUCUCCUUAUCUCCAGAACAAAAUAUUUCUCACAUAGGUAUUCCUGACCAAUGUGAUCCCAAGGAUUUGAGGUUGACCGAGGAAGCAAAGAACAAUACGAGGGAAAGUACUACAAUGUUUGAAUCACAAGAACUUACACUUGGGGAGUUGCUUUUGAUGCCAGAAUCAGGCACAGAGAGCUAUGAUCUAAUAUCUCCCAGUAGAAAAGGCAUUGGAGUUGGACAUCAGUUGUUCCAGACCUCAAGUGAAAAGCAAAUGCUGAGACCAGAAUUGGUUUCUACAGCCGGAGAAUUAAAUGAUGGCUGUGAGGAAAUGUUCUUGCCCAGUCCUGCCUUGGCCCCUGCAGUGGAAGAAUCAAACAAGGACAAAAAAGUACCUGUGCUCAGUCCUGCUGAGGUUUGUGUGUCUGAAAUAUCAACUGAGGGCAGCCUUGUUAAUCAGGUUUCUAAUGAAUGCAAAGCUGAGACAGGGAGUAUCCCCAUUGAAUUUGAUUCUUCUGCACCAACCGCUAGCAGCAGGGAGGAGUGUCAACAAAAUACUUAUCAUGAGCUUCUUGAGACCAGAAAUACGUCCCAGCUUGAAGAUGCUGAUGGUCAGCUUAUUUCAAACAAACUUCAACAUGGUCAUGGAGAGUCUAGUUUCUCCACCAGUACAAGUCUAAAAUGUUCCUCAGGGCCAAUUGCAUAUUCCGGGAGUAUGUCGCAUAGAUCAGAUAGCAGCACAACAAGCACUCAUUCUUUUGCCUUUCCUAUACUACAGUCUGAGUGGAAUAGCAGUCCAGUAAGAAUGGCAAGAGCUGACCGGAAGCGUUUCCGGAAGCAUGGGGGUUGGAGGCAGGGCCUUCUUUGCUGUAGAUUUUGAGGGCUUCCUAUAGGUUAUACGUUAUCAAGAUUUAAUAGAUUUGUUUAUUGGGUAACAUAAAAAAGUUUACACAAUUCUUGUCUUUUCUAGGCAUGUAAUAUGAAAUAGGAUUGCAGUGGGUUUCUUUGAGUUUAGUCGCACGCAUACGAGGACAGAUAUGGGAACAUCAACUACAGAGAUGACAACGUUUCAUGCGAGCUCUACAUUUUCGUAACCAUGAUGAAAUGACCUAUGGAAUGACUACGAGAAUUGUGAUAGCCACUAGAGAGAUUGUUAAGGUUAUUAAUAUUAUAUUUUUUAUUUUAUUAAAUUAUUUUUUCUCUACUUUGUCCUAAUACUUCUGUGUUUUCUUGAAUAAAUGAAGUAAUUAUAUAUAUAUAUAUAAAAAGAAAGUAGAAUAUUGAUGAUUUUAACAAUGUCUUUUGUGGCCAUGACUGGAGCCCAUGACUACCACCCCAAUAUCAGGAUGCAGCUCCUCUUUACCGAGUGAUAAGAUGUGCAGUUGGGUCUCCACUUUUUUAUUACCUGUAUUCUCCAGUUUUUACUUCAUCUUGUUCAAAUCCAUGUUGUUAAAAACAUAAUGUCAUGCUCUAUGAGUUUCA